AUGUGUCUUAGCAUGGGGCCAAUUCCCAAACUCCUGGCUGGACUUGUCCUGCUGACUCUAUGUGUGGAACACGGCUCAUGCCAGCACUGGUCCUACGGCUUGCGUCCUGGAGGAAAGAGAAAUGCUGAAACACUGGCUGAGUCUUUCCAAGAGAUAGCCCAAGAGCUCGAUCAACUGGCGGAACCUCAGCACCUCGAAUGCACCCUCCACCGGCCUCGCUCUCCCCUCAGGGACCUGAAAGGAGCUCUGGAAAGUCUGAUUGAAGAGGAAACUGGGCAGAAAAAGAUUUAA